ACUGAAAACAGUAAUAAUAAAUAAAUAAUCAGUUCAGUCACAGUGUGAAUUAAUAGACGAACACAUUAAUUUUAAAACAAUCAAGGGUCGGAUUGAUUUAAAGAAAUUAGGCCUAAUAGUAAUUGACUUAGAUUGUCGUUAAGCUUGUUCAACGUUACAAAAAGAAUAUGCAAGCUGUGACCAGUAGAUUUUGUUCGUAAACCCGGCUCUACGAUUUGUAAACAUUUAGCUUUGUAAACACUUUAGCAGUGACCACAGCUCACCAGACAAUGUGGGAGUGGUAGUGAUAGUGAUAGAGAGAAAGAGAGGGGACUGCAAGGAGGCGCUUGCAGCUUGUUUUCUAACGGCUCCCAGAAGAGAAUUAUAUAUAUAGAUAUUUUUUUAGAAAACAAAAUUUUGAGAAAUGCCUCGUAAAGAUCCUACUAGGACUGAAAGAGGUCCUAAACUUAAUGAAGCUGUAUGCAUUGGUGAAGAGGUGAAAAUAGGAAUCCACUUAGCAGUUCAGAGGUUCAGAUUAGAUCCAGAACAAGAAGAGUUGUGUUUUCCAUCUUCAUUGUCAACCACUGAAAGGGCUUAUGUCCAUCGUUACUGCACUCAGCUUGGAAAUUUGAAGACCUGGAGUAGAGGAAAUGGUCAAAAUCGCUACAUUACAGUUAAGAAGGUGGAAGGUGGAAAAAAUGCAAAAACCUUUCCUUAUCUGUUUACACUGUUGCAUAGCGCAUCUCAAGUGAAUGUACUUCUUAAUAAAUAUCCUGUCACUACUAAAGAAAAACAGGACUUAACACCAAUUCUGGUUCAGUCUCCAAAUGCUAGUGAGAAAGACAAGGAGAAAUCUAAUUUUGGCCGCUUAACUUACAAUGUACCGCAAGUUCCCCAAAAGCGUGGUGCCUCUGACUUGCAGAAAUUUAGAGAAUCUCUCCCUGUUUAUAACAUGGCCUCUAGUAUUGUGGAAACCAUCAAUGCCAAUCAGGUGGUCCUAGUUGCAGGUGAAACAGGUUCCGGUAAGACUACUCAGGUUCCCCAAUUGAUUUUGGAUGACUAUUGUGACAAGAGACAAGUAUGUAGAAUUUUGUGUACACAACCUAGGAGAAUUGCUGCAGUCAGUAUUGCAGAGAGAGUGGCACUUGAAAGGGGGGAAAGGCUGGGGCAUACAGUAGGUUACCAAAUACGGCUGGAGAGCAAAAUUUCAGCUAAAACUGUUCUCACAUUUUGCACCACUGGUGUGCUUUUGAGAACCUUAAUGGGAAGUGACUCUUGUCUCAGCAAUAUUACUCAUGUUAUUGUGGAUGAAGUACAUGAGCGUGAUAGAUUUUCAGAUUUUCUUUUACUCUGCCUGAAGGAAGCUUUGCCAAAGUAUCCUAAUCUCCAUGUGAUUUUGAUGAGUGCAACAUUAAAUAUGGAUUUAUUUUCAGGAUAUUUUAACAACUGCCCUGUUGUUGCAGUACCUGGAAGCUUGUUCUCAGUAGAAGAAUUCUUCCUAGAAGACAUUUUAAAGUGGACUGGAUAUAGAAAUAAAAAGAUGGAUAAAGAUUUAUUGAAGAAACAGAAAUUCAAGAAUCAAGAAGAGCAGUUAACGGAAUGGUGCUCUAAGCAGCUAACUAUAUCAGACUCAGCACCUGGAAGUGGAACAGAAGAAGACUCUGAUGUUACCACUUCUGAUAAUGCUGAGUUGGGUGAAGAAAAAGAAGACCUUGAACCAUGGGUUGUUGAGGAGAUGGACAGGCUGCUCCGGGAGGUUUGGUUGACUGGCAACGAAGAGCUGUUUCACCAGAUCCUUUAUUUGAUUUCCAAUGAGAAUGUUAGUGUUGAUUAUAUUCAGUCAGAAACCAGCACAACCCCAUUAAUGAUUGCCUCUGCUAGGGGAUUUAUCAAUGUGGUGGAACAUCUGCUCACUCUAGGUGCAGAUGCUAAUUUUAAAACUGCUAAUAACUGGACUGCACUGGACUUUGCUAGAAAAUUUGAGAGAAAUAAUAUUGAAGCGCUUCUUGAAGCUUAUUUAUCGUCUCUGGAGUCUGGACUGGAUAAAGCUGAUGAAGACAUGCAGUUGAUUUCUGAGGAAGACAGAGAGCUUUUAGCAAUGUACCAGCAUAGUUUUGAUGAUGAUAAGGUGGACAUAAACCUAGUCUCAAGUCUUAUUCAUAAAAUCCACACUACAUCAGGGGAAGGUGCCAUAUUAGUUUUUCUUCCUGGAUAUGAUGACAUUGUUAAUCUCAAAAAUGCCAUAAUAGAAGAUCGUCAGUUUGAGCAUGCCAGGUAUGUGAUCUACACCCUUCACUCAGCACUCCAGUAUUCAGACCAAAAAAGAGUUUUUAAAAACCCUCCAAGUGGUGUGAGAAAAAUUAUUUUGUCUACUAACAUUGCUGAGACAUCAAUCACAAUCAAUGAUGUUGUUUAUGUUGUGGACUGUGGCAAAGUGAAAGAGAAAACAUAUGAUGCUUUGACUUCACUUACUGCUUUAAAAAGUAAUUGGAUUUCCAAGGCCAGUGCUUUACAGAGAAAAGGAAGAGCCGGUCGUUGUCAGCCAGGGAAAUGUUACCACUUAUUCAGCCGAGCCCGCUAUAUUCACCUGCAAGAUUACCAGACGCCAGAGAUUCUUAGACUUCCACUCCAGGAGUUGUGCCUACACACUAAACUCUUGGCACCCAACACACAAUCUAUUGUAGACUUUUUGAGCAAGUGUCCUCAAGCCCCACCACAGCUGGUGAUCAGAAAUGCAAUUCAGUUGUUGAAGCAAAUUGAUGCACUAGACCCAUUUGAAGAGAUGACAGAAUUGGGUCAGCAUUUAGCAGAUCUGCCAGUGGAGCCUAGGCUGGGGAAAAUGGUUCUCUAUUCAGUGGUCCUCAAAUGUUUAGACCCUGUGCUAACAAUUGUUUGUACUUUAGCUUUCAAAGAACCUUUUAUCAUUCCUGCAUUGCCAUCAGAGAAAAGGGCAGUGAUGGGUAAACGAAGGAGAUUUGCCGAAGAGACAUACAGUGAUCAUAUGGUUUUUCUUAGAGCGUUUCAGGCCUGGCAAAAAGCAAGAGCUGAAGGAUGGGAGAGAGCCUUUUGUGAUAAGAAUUUUAUUUCUUCCUCAACUAUGGAAAUGCUGUUAGGAAUGAGGAUGCAGCUGUUGGCCCAGCUGAGAGUCUCAGGUUUUCUGAGAGCACGAGGUGCUGGAGACAUCAGAGAUCUGAACACAAACUCUGACAACUGGGCACUGGUCAAAGCUUGUAUCCUGGCUGGAACUUAUCCAAACAUAAUGCAGAGGGAUGAAUCCAUGACUUUAUGCACUAUAUCUGAAAGAAAUGUGAGGUACCACAGCAGCUCCGUGCUUCACCCUGUCACAUCAGCUACUAGUGUGUACCCAGCCAAGUCCCUGAAGAAGGUGAUCAAAUCUCUGCCAUCCAAGUGGAUCAUCUAUGAGGAGAUGUCCCGUUUCCAGAGAGUUUCACUGGCCAAGUACUGCACCUUGGUGUCGUCUGCCGCUGUCUUUGUCUUUGGGGGUCAUAGUAAAAUCACUACAGAUGCCAUCACAAGACAACCUGUAUCUAGGGCAGAUUCAGAUGAUGAAGAAGAGGAGGUGAGAAAAAUAAUGAACCCUGAGAGUCCUGAUGGGGAUGUUUAUGUCAAGCUUGAUGACUGGAUUCGCUUUGACUUUGAAUCCCAGAUGGAUGCUGAGACUGCCGUCUUGUUCAGAAUGAAGUGGCACAGUCUCUUUUUAAACAGAAUGAGACAUCCUGCAAAAGCUUGGUCACAAUCAGAAGAGGCUGUGUUAGGAGCAAUCUGUGCAGUGUUAACAAAUGCAGAGAAAUCCAUUGGGUUAGAAAAUCCUGUAGGAGUUGGGCAAAGACCUCGAGCAAUCGAGCCUUUGAUGGGAGGAGGAUUUGAAGACUAUUAUGGUAGGCCAGGUAGUGGUGGUGGUGGAAAUGGUGGUGGUAGUGGUUACCAGCAACACCACCACCAUCAACAGCAGCAGUAUCAACCACAGCAGCAACAAAUGUAUAGAAAUAACUCAGGUGGACGUGGGGGCUACAGCAACCAGCAGCGUGGCUACCAAAGCUUUAACAAAACAGCACAGAUGAGUGGAGCUGGCGGCAGAGCUGAAAGUGGGAGCUCUACCCCACUAGAUUCACCUCAGUCAGGUUCACCAGCACUGUCAGCUGUUACAUCAGGAGCUGCUUCAGGCACCCAUGAAGAGGGGAGAUACUUUUUAAUGAGAUGCAACAACCAAAAAAUUGUUGAUGUCUCAGAGAACAAAUCCAUCUGGGCCACCACAGCUGCUAACGAGGCUAAACUUAACAGAGCAUACAGUGGUGGCAAGCCUGUGUAUCUCAUCUUCUGUAUACCAGGAAAUGCCAACUUUCAGGGCUAUGCAAAAAUGACCUCACCUAUCAGUAAAAAUAAGUCACCAGAUUUCCCUUCAUCUGGCCUAACUGGUAUCUUCAGUGUUGAAUGGGUUAAGAGGGUUACACUCCCAUUUAGUAACACAAACACUUUGAAUAAUCCAUGGAAUGAAGGCAGACGAGUGCACGCAGGAAGAGAUGGACAAGAGAUUGAGCCUAAAGUGGGAGCAGAGUUAAUUAAACUGCUAGAUUUAGUACAGCCAAAAAGGUCACAUUCUGGUGCUAAAAAGAAAUCAACUAUGCAGCAAAGUCAGAAAAACACACAACAGAAACAGCAGCAAUACAACAAAAAAGACAAACCAUCCAGCGGAAGAUCUGAAAGCUCUGGGGCAAGUGAAGACCCAAGUGAUAAUGGCAGAGGUGAGAUCUCUCAGUCAAGCCCUAGCCCUGCUUUAUCCACCAACACUAAUCAUAGCUCUAACAGUAGUGCCAGUAGCCCAGCCCAUAACCAGGACAGUGCAGUUUUCUCAUCAGGAAAUCAGAAUUCAGUUCCCUCACAGAUGUUAAACCAGCAAGGCUAUCUGGCUUCCACCUCAAAGGAAUAUUUUACAGGGGGUUACCAGCAGCAGCAGGGAGCUUAUGUACAAACAGGGCUGAAUCCUAUGUUGUUAGCUCAAGGUGGAAUGCUUGGGUCAUCAGCUUUUGGAAUGGGACAUCAUCCAGGCCUGUCACCUGUCAUGAUUCUUCAAAGGAACUCCACAAGUUCCAGUUCACAGACACAACAAAGUCCACAUUAUUACACAGGGGGAAAGUUUAAUCAACACAGAAAUUAAUUUUUUUAUGUAAAAGUAUGUCUUGAUCUCAUUAAAAGGUUGAUCACAAUUUUAAGGUUAGGGAUAUUACCCCCUUGUCCAAAAUUCUUCUUUCACCCCACCCCCACCCCCACCCACCUGAUAAUGACUAUGAGACUUAUUUUACACAUUUCAAGCAAAGUGAGAAGUCUGGUAUCUAAUAGAAUGCCUGAAAUAGUCCAAGCAUGAAAUAAAUCAUAUUUUGUACUUGGUACUUUUGGCAAAUUGAAGAAUAAGGUUAUUCCCUCUGGAAUAUUAUUUAGCUCUAACAUUGCAUAAGGGUUAAUAGUAUGUUUAUGGCAUACUUAUAAUUGACAGUCAGUAAUGUCGUUUUCCAGUUACUGAACAGGGUGAUAAGGAUAGGGGGUAAUGUCCAGCUGCCUAAGAUUACACAGAUUCAAAUUUUAUUUUAAUUGUUGAUGUAUGAUACUGUCCAGUGAUUUGACUUUUUGUAAGUCUUUCAUGUGGUUUUCUAUUUUUUAUGAAAUAUAUUUAUUGUUUGCAAAGACAAUUUAGAGAAUAUAUUUUUUUUAAUUUACUUAAUGGCAACUAGUUUGAUUUUUAGAAAUUUUAUUGAUUGUUAAAAUCCUGAAAUUAACAGAUGAUAGUGAUUUGUUUAUAAUUAAAUUAAAUUUUUUUUCCUGUUCUGUGUUAGUGACUUUCAAUUUGAAAGUUAUAAAAAUUGUCAUUUUGAAAAAACAUUUGCUCAUUUUGGAACAAAAUGUAGUCACUUAGUGCUUUUCCUUUUAUUAAUGGAAGUCAAAUUAUGUUGUUUAAAAUUAAAAUAGAUGAAAUAAGGCAUUCAUUUUAAAGUUAAUUGUAAAAUGUUUUUAAAAUGUGUUUUACGGUUAACUAUUUUAGUUUGUAUACCCAAUUGGCUGAUGUAAAUGGAGAUUAGGAUGACUUAAUGUCCCAGUAACAUUUCAUAUUUGUUUUUACAAUUUGACUUUAUGUUUUAAAAUACUUAUCUUUGUAAAAAAAAUGUUCUAUUAUACAUUAUAGAAUUUAAAUAGUUUGCAUCUGAAACAGAUGAAUAAUUAUGUAGACAAAUUUUGCAACUCUUAAUGAUGAGCAAAUAAUUAUUUUAUUUAACUGAAUGUAGCUAUACAAUAAAAAAGUGAAUAAAAAUUUAAAUGCUCACAUUUACCCUGUUCUGUUAUUUAAAUACUUGAAUUCACUUGUUUUAGCAAACGUUUCUGCUUACAACACUGUUUCUUUUAGAUAAUGUUGUGGCUUCUGGUGUUUUUCCACUGUUGAUGGUAACUGUUCUGAAAUUUGGAAAACAAUUUUUCAUCAGAAAGUAAUGAUAUUUCUAAUUUUUUUUUUUUUUUAAAUUAUAAUAAAAGUAGACUAGUGGACUAAAAGUUUCACUGUUGUUUCAUGAAUAAAAAUUACUUAGAGAUGUAGGUUUAUCAUUUUUAAGGUUGUGGAUUUAAUAUCUUGAUAUCUUGUGAUAUGUGAUAUCUUGUAAAAAAAAAUUACAUUGAAAGUACUUGUAUCUGCACUUUUGUUUCAAUUUUCACAAAAGUAUUGUGUAAGCACAUGUAAUAUUUUUUACUUAAAAAGCUAUGUUGUCUGCAUUAAAACCAAAUAAAAAUGUGAUUUCUUGAAAUUAAAAAUAUAAAAUUGU